GUGAGCGCAUGCGCCUUGCGGAGAGUCCGGCCCUGACGGCUCUGGGCGGGUCUGGGCUGCUCCAGUGUUUUGGGGCCCAGGAGCAGUGGGAGGAGCCGGCGGGCUCACCGUGGUAACCGCUGCGCCAACGCCGCCAGCGCCGCCGCCGCCCCGCCUUGCAGGCCUGGGACUGUCACCGCCUCUGCUUUGAGGGUACUUUGGUCGGGUCCCCGGAAGUAGCCCUCCCAGAUUCUCAGACACUCCCAUUCUCCCCACGCCGCUGCCGCCGCCGCCAUGCAAGGCGAGGACGCCAGAUACCUCAAAAGGAAAGUUAAAGGGGGGAAUAUUGAUGUACAUCCAUCAGAAAAAGCUCUCAUUGUUCAGUAUGAAGUGGAAGCUACCAUUCUUGGAGAAAUGGGGGAUCCCAUGUUGGGAGAACGAAAGGAAUGCCAAAAAAUCAUCCGUCUGAAGAGUCUCAAUGCUAACACAGACAUAACCUCUCUGGCCCGGAAAGUGGUGGAGGAAUGUAAACUCAUCCACCCCUCAAAGCUGAAUGAGGUAGAGCAGCUCUUGUACUACCUACAGAACCGCCGCGACGCACUGUCAGGAAGAGAAAAAAAAGAAAAAUCAAGCAAGCCUAAAGACCCACCUCCUUUUGAAGGGAUGGAGAUUGACGAAGUGGCCAACAUUAAUGACAUGGACGAAUACAUUGAGCUCUUGUAUGAAGACAUUCCAGACAAGGUUCGGGGCUCUGCCUUGAUCCUACAGCUUGCUCGAAAUCCCGAUAACUUGGAAGAGCUAUUAUUAAAUGAAACUGCCCUGGGUGCGCUAGCAAGAGUCCUGAGAGAAGACUGGAAACAAAGUGUUGAGUUAGCUACAAACAUCAUUUAUAUCUUCUUUUGCUUUUCUAGCUUUUCUCAUUUUCAUGGACUCAUCACUCACUAUAAAAUUGGAGCACUGUGUAUGAAUAUCAUUGAUCAUGAGUUAAAAAGACAUGAGCUUUGGCAAGAAGAACUCUCUAAGAAGAAGAAAGCUGUUGAUGAAGACCUUGAAAAUCAAACAUUGAGAAAGGAUUAUGACAAAACCUUUAAAAAAUAUCAAGGACUUGUGGUAAAACAAGAGCAGCUAUUGAGAGUUGCUCUGUAUUUGCUUUUGAAUCUUGCGGAGGACACGCGUACAGAACUGAAGAUGAGGAACAAGAAUAUCGUUCACAUGUUGGUGAAGGCUCUUGAUCGAGACAAUUUUGAGCUACUGAUUCUGGUCGUGUCAUUCUUAAAGAAACUCAGUAUUUUUAUGGAGAAUAAAAAUGACAUGGUAGAGAUGGAUAUUGUUGAAAAACUGGUAAAAAUGAUACCCUGUGAGCAUGAAGAUCUCCUGAAUAUCACCCUCCGGCUCCUCUUAAACCUCUCGUUUGACACAGGCCUGAGGAACAAGAUGGUACAAGUCGGACUUCUCCCAAAGCUCACUGCACUCCUGGGCAAUGAAAACUACAAACAAAUAGCAAUGUGCGUGCUUUACCAUAUAAGCAUGGAUGACCGCUUUAAGUCAAUGUUUGCAUAUACUGACUGCAUACCACAGUUAAUGAAGAUGCUCUUUGAAUGUUCAGAUGAACGAAUUGACUUGGAGCUGAUUUCUUUCUGCAUUAAUCUUGCUGCUAACAAGAGAAAUGUCCAGCUCAUCUGUGAAGGAAAUGGGCUGAAAAUGCUCAUGAAAAGAGCUCUGAAGCUCAAAGACCCACUGCUGAUGAAGAUGAUCAGAAACAUCUCACAGCAUGAUGGGCCCACUAAGAAUUUGUUCAUUGAUUAUGUUGGGGACCUUGCAGCCCAGAUUUCCAGUGAUGAAGAGGAGGAGUUUGUAAUCGAGUGUUUGGGAACUCUGGCAAAUCUGACAAUCCCAGAUCUAGACUGGGAACUGGUUCUGAAGGAGUACAAGCUGGUUCCAUUCCUCAAAGACAAACUAAAGCCAGGUGCUGCAGAGGAUGACCUUGUUUUAGAAGUGGUUAUCAUGAUUGGAACGGUAUCUAUGGAUGACUCUUGUGCUGCCCUACUAGCCAAAUCCGGGAUAAUCCCAGCACUCAUCGAACUGCUGAAUGCUCAACAAGAAGAUGAUGAAUUUGUGUGUCAGAUAAUUUAUGUCUUCUACCAGAUGGUGUUCCAUCAGGCCACAAGAGAUGUCAUAAUCAAGGAAACACAAGCUCCAGCAUAUCUCAUUGACCUGAUGCAUGAUAAAAAUAAUGAGAUCCGGAAAGUCUGUGAUAACACAUUAGAUAUUAUCGCAGAGUAUGAUGAAGAGUGGGCCAAGAAAAUUCAGAGUGAGAAGUUUCGCUGGCAUAACUCUCAGUGGUUGGAGAUGGUGGAAAGCCGUCAGAUGGAUGAGAGUGAGCAGUAUUUGUAUGGUGAUGAUCGGAUUGAGCCGUACAUCCAUGAAGGGGACAUUCUUGAAAGGCCUGACCUUUUCUACAACUCAGACGGACUGAUUACCUCUGAAGGAGCGAUAAGUCCAGACUUCUUCAAUGAUUUUCACCUCCAGAAUGGAGAUGUGGUUGGGCAACACGCAUUUCCUGGCAGCACUGUCCAUCCAAGGAUUUCAAAGUGCUUUGCAAAUAUGCACUAAUUAAGCCUCAAACAGCCGAGCCUCGGGAUGGAUGGCUUCGGGCAGCCAGUGGGGAUCCUUGGACGUCCUGCCACCGCAUAUGGAUUCCGCCCUGAUGAACCUUACUACUACAGCUUUGGGUCUCGAUAAAAUCACCCCUCCCAUGUGGACACUCAGCUUAGGAGAGAUCUGUGUGCUGUGGGUUAACCUUGAAUCUUGACUUAAUAAUGCAUGUUAUACUCCUAUGGGGCUGUGUUGCUUAUUUCUCCACGUUGAUAGCUUCAGGUUAAUGCUAACCCUCACGUCUUUUGUUAAAUACGGUUGAUGCUCCACUAUUCACCUGUCCAGCCACAUCUUGAGGUGAAUAACAUUUCCCAUGAGACUGUUUUGAAACUGCUAGACUGGAAAAGCAGAUUCUACAUUAUGUACAUUAAGUUACUAAUUUCUAUUAGGGAAAAAAGUGGCAUACGUGCAAUGAAUGAGCCAAAGUCAUGUGUUCAUACUUACUGUGUUUCAUAGGAACCACUCAUGUACAUGGGAAACACAUAUUUUUUCUUUUUUUUACUUUUUCUUUCUACUUAUAAACUCCUUAGUGUUUUGUGUGAGCCAUGAUGCUAUCUUUAAACUUUAUUUUAAGUGAACCUCAACCUUUUUAUCCCAUGCUGUGUCUGGAAGUUUCUUUCGCAAAGUUAUUAACUAUAUGAGCUCUUUAACUAGCAGUGAGCAUAUACUGUAAGUAAUGUUAUGCAUUGGCAUAGUCUACUGAGUGGCCCACAGUCAUGCCAUGCUCACUGCAGCAGAACACCUGGAAGCAGAAGCCACUGUAGAUGGAGCACGAGCAGCACUGAGCCUCUGAGACUGGGUCUUCCAAAAUGCGCAAUAUCAAAUGUGAGGAUGCUAAUUAUUUUUGCCUUACCUAAGAAAAUCAAGGAAAGGACUCUCUGUUUGUUCACUUAAGAUAGAAGUGAGUAGUGGGAAAUUGAAAGGAACAGGAUGAUUAAUAAUGAGUUUUUAAAACAAUUCAUUGAUUGUAAAAUAUUGAAAAUUUUACUUGAGAAACCAAGCAAAUGAAUUCAGUAUGAGCAUAGAUUGUUGCUUGAUCAUCUCCAACUGAAGGAAACCUAAGCUUCCAAACAAUACAGAUUAAAGGAAAGACUUCUGCUUCUAAAUUUAGAAUCCCACUGAUCUAAAUAUACUAUUUACCUCAGUUCACACGUUUAGCACAAAGUACUGGAGCUCGGGAGGUCCUUUGGACAAUGCAGUCCAUCUGCUGGAGAAAUGUAAAUCUAACCAACAGGUAUGUUCUUACCUGAUACAUAAAUGACCUGAGACAUUGUUUAUGUUUGUGAAUUCACAAUCUGAAAGCAUGCAGUUAUUGUCUUUGUUUCCCUUUUACCCACAAAAUAUUAAAGCCAGAAAGGUUUGAAUCAGCA